CAGCGCCUGGGAGGAAGCACCCUUACUACGGCAGGCUCCCGGCGUUCUCACGUUCACGCGUGGGCUCCUCCCACUCGCGCAGACUUGUGCGCAUCUGGGGAGAAAACAGCAGCAGCAGCAGCAGCAGCAGUAAAACCAGCAACCGCUUCUUCCUCGACGUGUCUCAGCAAGCCCAGCGCGCAGCCUCUUGUGCUUCCCGAUUUCCCCGUACCUUCAGUCCCGGAUUGGCUCGGGAAAGAAGGGGGGGAAAGCGUGGCAGGCAAAAGGAGGAGGAGAAAAAGAAGAGCACGAAAAGUCACCGCGCGUUGGGAAAGCCGGGGAAGGAGCUCGGAGGAGGAAGGGGCGUGUGGCUGUCGUGGGGCGCAGAAAGUGCCCUCGGCGUUCGGAUUGCUUUUUGGACCGGAGCGGGGGAGGAGAGCAGCCGCGCUUGGGGGACGGUGACUAUUCUGGGUGCUCCGAGGCGGCCGCUGCCGGGACGCUGCCUGCCCUGGAAUGAGGAACCAGCCGGCGGCGCCUGCCUGGACACCAGCCCCGACCGGCCGCGCGAGAAGCGCGCGCGGAGGAGCAGCGCAAAGCUCGAGCAGCUGUGCAGAACAUAAGCAUCUGGUGCCGAUGGAGCUGUGACACUUGGAUGCCAGGUCUGUCAGUUGGAAGUAUGGAGUUUCUUGACAACUGCCAACAUGGUUGCUCUAGGCCAGUUCCAAAUGGAUGUGGAAACAAGAUUUUUCAAGCAAACCCAAAGGAGAGAUGCACUGAUUUUAAGUGUUCAAAUUCUGGUGAUUUCAUUGACGAUGAGAAGGAGGAUGCAGCCAAAUGUAAAAAAAAGGCCAGGGGCAACCGGAUUUGGAAUUUUGUUAGCCGUAGGAAAGGGUCGGCUAUGAAUAACAAAAGACCCCAGUCUAUGAUCCUAUUUGGGCAUAAUACAGAGAUCUUGGAGCAAAAUCGUAAGAUGUCAUUCAUGGAAAGAGUGAGGUCUUUCAAGAAGCUAAGAUCAUCUGGCAUAUCCAAGAGUGCCUCCAAAACUAAGGCUGUCAUUAUAUCGGUGGAAACCCAGGAAAAUCUUGAGCAAACAGCACUCCACCGAAUUAAGAAGCUAAGUGACGGUCAGCGGCCUUACCGUCAUUCCUAUGCAGGCUAUAUUGAGGAUUUGGAUUCUUCUUUUGAAGAUGUCGAGCUAAAUAGCUGUGUGUUUGAUAUGGACACUAGUGAAAGUAAAUGGCACAGGAAUGUUGGCACUGGAAUAAAUAGUGACAAUAUUGAUAAUGACUGUCACAAAAUGCCAUCAGCUCAGAGGAGCAUGGCUCCAGAGAUUGAAAACUCUCAGGAAUCUGGCAUUGCACAAGGGGAGUCUCCACGCAGAUGUCCUGUGGCUCCUCACGAAAAUAGAAAAGGAAGAAGUUCUGAGGUCUGGAAUUACCUCAAAGGGAUUUCGUUGACGAGCAAGGACAGUUCAAAACUGCCAGACCUAAGUGCAGAACCCAAUUUUCAGGAUUUAGGAGAUAGAACGAAUAAUUCCCCUCCGUAUUUUGACUUUGAUGUUGGAUGUGAGGAGAGCAAUGGCCAGCCUAAAAGGGCAAGCCAUGCGGUUAAGGGCAGCCAUUUUGGUGGGGUUCUUCGCUUCUUCAGCAGUGUUGCUGAGGCGGCUAGGAAAUGGCGGGGCUCUCCAAAAACGAUUUUGCAGGAAGAACAAAGGCCAAACUCCAGCUUUGGAUGCCGAAGGCCAGAGCUGUCCCCUCACCAGGAGCCUUUGGUCAUUGUGAAUGAUAAAGCCAGUGGUUUCUCUUCCCCAGGAUUGUCUCCAGAUUCUGGGAUCUGGGAUAACCAUAGUUCAAAAAGCUCUGCCAGCAAAGGGCCACUGGAAGGAAGCACAAAUGCUGAGGUUUCCCAUGAAGUCUUCAGUGAGAAUAGCAGUUUCAAUGAAACGUCCAUUUCACCCCCUGGCACAAGUUUGCCUGCCUUUCCCCUCUCAGACUUUCCUAACAACUGUACGUUCCUUGGUAUGCAUGGUCUAGCUAUGGAUGUGUCACAGAUUCAAGAUCCGCUUCUUAAUAAAGUAGCUAACUGGGGCUUAAGUACUGCUGCAAGAGACACCUGGGUAUUAGGUUCUUGGGUCCAAGGCAAUCCUCAGCUCUCUGCUGAUACCCUAGCAGACCCCCAGAGCUUGGACGUUAGUGGCUCAAAGCCUGAGGAUUUGACCAAGAUGGAUGUUACGGAUAGCAAAACUGCUUCCCGUCUGAAUCAUGAAGAGUGGUGCGACACUGAGACAGAUUUGAAAGGUUUGUGUAAAAUUGAUCAGGGUACGCUGGGCCUAAGCAUUGCAUCAGAAGAUGUUAAUGUACCAAGUAGUGUUGCUGAUGCUCCAGAUUCGACUGCUACUGUAGUACAUGCUCGGGCUCUCUGUAGGGCUGCAGUAGAUAAAGAGCACCUGGCCAGAAUUUCACUGGUUACCCCAGAUCUAGAGUUGAUGGCACCAACAAACUCAGAUACUAUAUUAGUGGAUAACAAGAUUCUGGAGAGCAUUCCGACGGAUUCCCAACACUUGGCCAGUAUACAAGCAGAUAGUCAGGAUUUAGCAAGGACUCGAGCAGGUGCCCCCAAUUCAGAAAGGUGUCUUGUCAAUACUCAGAACAUUAGUACUACUCUGUCAGCUCCUCGAGGCUUGAGCAGCAUCUUGGAGGAUGUUCACAGCCCUUGUGCAUCUGCCUCUUUACGAUGCCCAAGCCAUGACCAACAAGUGCCAGAUCAAGAGAAUUUCCCUGUCAGAAUGAAUGGAAACACCUUCCCGUUACAACCGGAUCCAGUGUGGAAAUCUUGCAAAUCGCAACACUCUAAGUACAGGGGAAUUCGUCAUCCGAUCCAGAUGAGCGUGUGUACAAUUGUCUCCUUCGAUGAAUUCAACAGUGGGAAGCCACUGUCUCACCCCCUUCAUCCAUCACCAGAAAAUCCACCUUUCAAACUCCUCUUGGACAGAUGCCAGUCUUUGCCCCUCUCCCAAAGUACCCCAAUGGGGCUGGAUCAGCUUGGCCGGAAGCGGAGAUUGCUACUGAGCGCUGGUGCAGCUGAGAGCAAUCUGGGUUCAAAAACCUUGGAGGUGCACCGCAGUAGUAAGAAUGGCAAGAGUAGAUGGAAACCUCUCAAGCCCGGAGCCAAACAGCUGCUACUCAAUAAACUGAUCAGUGGCGGUUCUAUUGUAAGCGCUGAGGCAGUAUGGGAUCACGUCACCAUGGCCAACCGGGAGUUGGCAUUUAAAGCAGGAGACGUUAUCAAGGUCCUGGAUGCCUCCAACAAGGACUGGUGGUGGGGACAGAUUGAUGAUGAAGAAGGAUGGUUUCCUGCCAGCUUUGUAAGGCUAUGGGUUAACCAAGAAGAUGGUGUUGAGGAAGGGACGAGCGAAGUACAGAAUGGACACUUGGAUCCAAAUGCUGCCGACUGCCUUUGUCUCGGGAGGACCCUCCAGAACCGAGACCAGAUGAGAGCCAAUGUCAUUAAUGAAAUCAUGAGCACGGAGCGCCACUAUAUCAAACAUCUGAAAGACAUUUGUGAGGGUUACCUAAAGCAAUGUCGGAAAAGAAGAGACAUGUUCAGUGAUGAACAGUUGAAGAUCAUAUUUGGCAACAUUGAGGACAUCUAUAGGUUUCAAAUGGGAUUUGUCAGGGACUUGGAGAAGCAGUACAACAAUGAGGAUCCCCAUCUCAGUGAAAUCGGGCCGUGUUUCCUGGAACAUCAAGAUGGCUUCUGGAUUUACUCAGAGUACUGUAACAAUCACUUGGAUGCAUGCAUGGAGCUCUCCAAGCUUAUGAAAGAUGGCAGAUACCAGCACUUCUUUGAAGCUUGCCGUCUCUUGCAGCAGAUGAUUGACAUCGCUAUUGAUGGUUUCCUUUUGACCCCCGUGCAGAAGAUCUGCAAAUACCCACUGCAGCUGGCAGAACUGCUGAAGUACACUGCGCAGGACCACAGCGAUUACAGGUACGUGGCUGCAGCCCUCGCCGUGAUGCGGAAUGUGACCCAGCAGAUAAACGAGAGGAAAAGGAGGCUGGAAAACAUUGACAAGAUUGCUCAGUGGCAGGCCUCAGUUCUGGAUUGGGAGGGGGAGGACAUCUUGGAUCGCAGCUCCGAGCUGAUCUACACAGGGGAGAUGUCCUGGAUUUACCAGCCUUAUGGUCGAAGCCAGCAGCGUGUCUUUUUCCUCUUCGAUCAUCAGAUGGUUCUCUGCAAAAAGGACCUGAUAAGAAGAGACAUCCUGUACUACAAGGGACGCAUUGACAUGGACCGGUAUGAGGUUUUGGAUAUAGAAGACGGGAGGGACGAUGACUUCAACGUCAGCAUGAAGAAUGCCUUCAAGCUUCACAACAAGGAGACAGAGGAAAUGCACUUAUUUUUUGCAAAGAAGCUGGAGGAGAAGCUGCGGUGGCUGAGAGCUUUCAGGGAGGAGAGGAAGAUGGUUCAAGAAGAUGAAAAGAUAGGCUUUGAAAUUUCUGAAAAUCAAAAACGGCAGGCAGCAAUGACAGUCAGGAAAGUCAGUAAACAGAAAGGUGUUGGCUACUCCCGAUCAGUUCCUCCUGCCUACCCACCACCCCAGGAUCCACUAAAUCAGGGACAAUACAUGGUGACCGAUGGCAUAGCUCAACCGCAGGUCUAUGAAUUCACCGAACCCAAACGCAGCCAGUCACCGUUCUGGCAAAACUUCAGCAGGUUAACGCCAUUCAAAAAAUAAUAUAUAGAGUGAGAUGGAGUUAUAAAAUAAAUUUUAAAAAAUGUAAAAAAAAUUAAAAAAUUAUAUUUAUAGAUGGACCUUUUUUGGAAAAGCACUGUUGCAACUAAAAAUAAAAUCAUUUAUAUCUAUAUCUAUAUAUCUAUAUCUAUAUAUAUGAUUGAUAUAUAUAUAGAUAUAGAUAUAUUUGAAGGACCAAAAACAUUUUUGUUGUUGUAUUGGGGAAAAACAGUCUCUGCUACUAUAUUCUAAGUAGCACCAAGUACUUCUAAUCAUGUAACCUGCUUUAUUUUGGCACCAUUGGAAUCAUUGUUGUUACUGUUGUUAUUUUUUUCCUUAUAUAUAAUUUGUUUUGUUGUCUCAAAA